UCAAGCUAGCUAUAGCUAGAAUAAGCUAGAUAGAUAGCUAAUAAAGCAACAUACAAAAGAAAAAGAAAAAAGACCCACUUUCUAUUAACGGAGCUCCAUGGGUUUUCCAGUCGGGUACUCCGAGGUUUUCUUUCCAAACCUCAUCCUCCAAGCACUUUCCCUUCUGGGUUUCAUCAGAAACCUCAUUUUCUCACUCUUUAACUUUCUGGGUCUCUCUGAUUUCAUUGAAACCGACACAAUUUGGGUAGAUGACCCGACCUGUACACCCGAACACAAACCCGUAUCCGCUAUGCUGAUCCGGGAAUUCUUGCCGGUGAUGAAGGUGCAGGACAUCGUGGCCGGUGCCGGCGCCGGAGACCCGCCGGAAAGCUGUGCUGUCUGCCUGUAUGAGUUUGAUGGAGAGGACGAGAUCAGGUGGUUGAGGAAUUGUAAGCACAUUUUCCACAGAGCUUGUUUGGACCGUUGGAUGGACCAUGAUCAGAAAACGUGUCCUCUUUGUAGGACCCAGUUUGUGCCUGAGGAGAAGCAAGAUGAGUUCAAUCAACGCCUCUGGGCUGCUACUGGGGUUUCUGAUUUUUACGCAGAGUACAGUGAGUACAAUUCGGAUUGAGGGGUUUUUUUUUUUUUUUUUUUUUGGAAGAGAGAAUUAAGAAUUUGGGUUGGUGGGAUUAUUGAACAUUUUGAUAGAAAAAAAAAAA